CCCGAUUCUGUCGUCAUAUAUCUUUGGGAUACCUUUCUUCACGAUGCCUCCGAGCCUGACCAAGCGUUCUAAGAAGGGAGAGAACAGCGCAACCGAAGCCCUUGUGUGCGACAACUUCAUCCAUGGCGUGUUCACCCCUGCCAAGGGCGGAGAAUACUUGGACGUGGAAUCGCCGACGACUGGCGACGUGAUCGGGAAAGUCGCGCUGUCCGCCAAGGCCGAUGUGGAUGCGGCCGUGGCGUACGCGAAAGCAGCGUUCGGGCCUUGGAGCUCAUUGACUGUCAAGGCUCGCGCGGCGAUCAUGCUCAAGUUUCACGAACUAAUUCGUCAUCACGUCGACGAAUUGGCCGACCUCGUGGUGCUGGAGAACGGCAAGAACAAGAGCGAGGCCGUGGCCAGUGUGCUCAAGGGGAACGAAACCGUGGAGUAUGCAUGCAGCCUGCCCCAACUGCUCCAAGGCCGCGUGCUGGAAGUGAGUCGCGGCAUCACGUGCCACGAAACGCGCGAUCCGUUGGGGAUUAUCGUGUCCAUCGUUCCGUUCAACUUUCCCGUCAUGGUGCCACUGUGGACUGUGCCCAUUGCCCUCACCACGGGCAACUGCGUGAUCCUGAAACCAUCCGAGAAGGUCCCAGCAACCAUGACCCGCAUCGCUCAGCUUCUCGCGCAAGCGGGCGUCCCCCCCGGUGUCUUCCAGAUCGUCCACGGCCAAGCGCCGAGCGUAACGGCGCUCGUAGACCACCCCGAUGUCCACGCGGUGACGUUUGUCGGGUCGUCCCCCGUGGCGCAACUCAUUUCCCGCCGCUGCCGCGCCAUCGACAAGCGCGUUCUGGCGCUGGGUGGGGCCAAGAAUCACUUGGUGGCCCUGCCCGAUGCGUCCGUGGAGGCCACCGCGCGCGACGUGGUCGCGUCAUUUGCUGGUUGUUCCGGGCAACGGUGCAUGGCGGCGUCGGUGCUGCUCUUGGUGGGGAAUUGCUCGGCCCUGGUGGAUGCUGUCGUGGCGAAAGCCACCGCGUUGACACGUGGCACUGGACCCGGUCAAGUCGGUGCUAUCAUCGACGGCGCUUCGAAACGUCGCAUUUUGAAGUACAUUGACGAGGCCGAGGCGGGCGGCGCCACGGUGUUGGUGGAUGGCCGCGGAUGGGCUCACGAAUCGAAAGGGUACUGGGUUGGCCCUACGGUGUUAGUGCACACCAACCCGAGCGAUGCUGCGCUGCACCACGAAAUCUUUGGGCCCGUGCUGUCAAUCUACCAAGUCCAUUCGUUCGAUGAGGCGCUGGCGAUUGAAAAUGCGAGUCCAUUUGGCAAUGCUGCGUGUAUUUACACGAGUCAUGGGGGGAAUGCCGAGUACUUUCAGUCGCGAUUUCGAGCGGGCAUGAUUGGGGUCAACGUUGGCGUGCCCGUGCCCCGGGAACCGUUUUCGUUUGGAGGUAUGUAUGGCACGCAAAGCAAGUACGGUGAUAUGGACAUUACGGGCGACGGAUGUGUCGAGUUUUGCACCCACCGACGCAAAAUCACGGCCAAGUGGAGCCCCAGCGAAGGCCAAACGACCGCCGUUUCUGCGGGAGUGACCGACCGAGCCAACUUUGCAGGACACAUGUAACCGAUUUGUGUGGCCACGCUUUACAACGAAUAUAAAGCAACGCUACUUUUGUGAACAAGACUCG